UCCGCUUAUGCAAGGCGAGGCUACCUGGCAGUGGUUCUAAGGAGGGAGAUCCCGGAGCGUCCCGUGGCCCAUCGUGUGUGCUCUUGCUACCGGAGUCUUCCCCGCAGGGACCGAGCCUGCGACCUGGGAGGGAACGGGGCGGCCGCGGCUGGGUCCUCUCACUCUGGACUCUACCUGAGGCGGCGCUGCCCUGGAUCUCUGGACCCAUCUCAGCUGCUGGGAGCCCACGGGAGAGUCUAGCUUCCCCCCGGGAGCCUGGCAAGAGGAGCUGUGAUGACAGAUGGCCAGCGUCCUGAAGCCUUAAGUGCCUGCGUCCCAGAGCCCUGCCUUGUCCCAGGGAGAAGAGAACAAUGACCAAGUUAAAGGAGGCAGUGACGUUCAGGGAUGUGGCCGUGGUCUUCAGCGAGGAGGAGCUGGGGCUGCUGGACGCUGCCCAGAGGAAGCUGUACCGUGAUGUGAUGCUGGAGAACUUCAGGAACCUUCUGUCAGUGGGAGGCCAGGGUCCAAACAAGAUGGAGACUCUUCUUACAGCAGGAUUAAGGUGCCUCUUGCUGGGGCGGCUUCCAUGGUGGCAAACGAUGAGCCAUGAUGUCAACAAACUGGCUGGAGCGCCAGGUGCCAUGGUAAACACCUGCUACAGGGAAGCAGAAGAGCUGCCCUGGGCCUGCAUAGAUGACAGCUGCCUUGAGAGUCUCACAGGAGAACGUUCUAGCGUUACCGAAAACCAACAAUGUCCGUCUGGGAGAACUCGGAGAACUCAGAGUUCUUGGAGUGAAACAAAUCUUAGCGAUAGACAGAACCAUCGGAGACACUGUCAACAGCCUCUUGUGAAAACCAAGCCAUGGCUGCCGCCUCUGGGUGGUGACAUUCUGGGUUGCAUGUCCCCCUGCAAUAACAAAAUGCUGCACAAAGGAGGCAAAGCCCACAGCAGCGGCGACUGCAGUAAAAUCAGUUUUGCAGUGUCGUCCUGCACCCCGCAUCUUGUUUCCACAGAGCAAAAGGCCCAGCAGUGCAGCAAGCGAGAAGCCUUCAGUGGCCGCCCAAGUCUGGGACUCCAUCAGCAGGUCCUCUUAAGAAAGAAGUCCCCGGUACACAGGACACACGAGGGCAGCAGGCAUAGCUCCAGUGUCCCCACUCAACAAAAUGUUCAUCCAGGGAAAAAGCGCUACUGGUGUCACGAGUGUGGCAAGGGCUUCAGUCAGAGCUCAAAUCUGCAGACGCACCAGAGAGUUCACACGGGGGAGAAGCCUUUUACCUGCCCCGAGUGUGGGAAGAGUUUUAACCAGAGCUCGCAUCUGUAUGCACAUCUGCCCAUCCACACGGGCGAGAAGCCCUACCGGUGCGACAGCUGUGGGAAAGGCUUCAGCCGGAGCACAGACCUCAACAUCCACUGCCGAGUCCACACGGGAGAGAAACCUUACAAAUGCGAGGUGUGUGGGAAGGGCUUCACGCAGAGGUCACACCUCCAGGCCCAUGAGAGAAUCCACACAGGAGAGAAGCCCUACAAAUGUGGAGACUGCGGCAAAGGCUUCAGCUGUAGCUCGAACCUCCACACCCACCAGAGGGUCCACACGGAGGAAAAACCCUACAAGUGUGACGCGUGUGGGAAGCGCUUCAGCUUGAGCUUCAACCUGCACAGUCACCAGCGAGUCCACACAGGGGAGAAGCCCUAUAAGUGCGAGGAGUGCGGGAAAGGUUUCAGUUCGGCUUCCAGCUUCCAGAGCCACCAGCGGGUCCACACGGGAGAGAAGCCGUUUCGCUGCAGCGUGUGUGGGAAGGGCUUCAGUCAGAGCUCGUACUUUCAAGCCCACCAGAGAGUUCACACCGGGGAAAAACCAUACAAGUGUGAUGUGUGUGGGAAGCGCUUCAACUGGAGCUUGAACCUCCACAAUCACCAGAGAGUCCACACGGGAGAGAAGCCCUAUAAAUGUGAGGCAUGUGGGAAAGGCUUCAGUCAGGCCUCAAAUCUGCAGGCCCAUCAGAGUGUCCACACCGGGGAGAAGCCGUUCCAGUGCAACGCAUGCCCGAAACGGUUCAGUCAGGCCUCACACCUCCAGGCUCACCAGAGAGUGCACACGGGCGAAAAGCCCUACAAAUGCGACACGUGUGGGAAAGCCUUCAGCCAGAGGUCCAAUCUCCAGGUCCAUCAGAUCAUUCACACUGGGGAGAAGCCGUUCAAGUGUGAGGCGUGCGGGAAGGAAUUCAGCUGGAGCGCAGGACUUAGUGCUCACCAGAGGGUCCACACGGGUGAGAAACCCUACACAUGCCAGCAGUGUGGGAAAGGCUUCAGUCAGGCCUCGCACUUCCACACGCACCAGAGGGUCCACACCGGGGAGAGGCCCUACAUCUGCAGCAUCUGCUGUAAGGGUUUCAGUCAGAGGUCACAUCUGGUCUACCACCAGCGGGUCCAUACGGCAGGGAAUCUGUAGGAGCCUUGUAAGGCAUCUCAUCUCUCUGGAAAUCCAUGCUGCUGAUUGCCAGAGGUUCCUCAGAACCCAGAGCCUUCGGAGACUUCACAGGGGAGACGCUUGUGUUUGAGAGAUUGAUUCUUUACAAAGUCGGGAAUCACAGAUGAGAGGAAGGUUGCUCUACCAAUGUACAGUCACCACAUACAGGAGUUGCCACCCUUGGGUUAUGACUCAGCCGGGCAAACCUCGGCAUGCAUCCAGGUCUCUGAAGACAGGCUGUGGGAAGGGCUUUAACCAAAGCCGGACAUUGGCAGGUGUUGACUGAGCGUCACUUCCUCAUAGGAAAUGCUCCUCUGUAUUCUGCUAUGCAGAGCUGUGUGUGACUCAGGGUCCCAUGAUUCCUGAAGAAAGUGGAGAAGGGCACUAUAAAUAAGACCCAUGUUUGAAAACGCUAGCCAGUCCCCAACCCUGCAUUCAUACUGCUUCAUAGUCCUCAGUAAUCCUAUGAGGAGCCUCAAAUCAUCUUCCAGAAGGCAUGGGGCUUCCACACAUCUCUAGUGUGUGGCCCACCCCAUCUAGCCAUGGUGCUUUGGACAACAUAGCAGCUCUGUACUUAGGAUUUUUAGGAUUUGUACUUUGUAGACUACAACAAGGGUUUUUUUUUUUUUUUUAAAUCCUGUAUUUAUCAGACUAAUAACCUGAACUGAAACACAUUCUGUUGGAAUUUUGGGCCUUGAGUUCAUUGGGGAAGGGUUUUUACGGUAACCAACACUGCAGAUGUUUUUCCAAAGUAUUUACUAUUGACAAAAAGGCUC